GUUAAAGAAUUUGUCUUCCUGUCCUUCCCAGUCCGCAAUGAGAUGCAGAUCCUCUUCUUUGUGAUAUUACUUCUCACUUAUCUCCUCACCCUCAUGGGAAAUGUGGUCAUGCUCUUCCUGAUAUGGACCAACCAAAGCCUCCAUACUCCCAUGUAUUUCUUCCUCAGCAACUUGUCUUUCCUGGACAUCCUCUUCACUACAGUGAUUGCUCCCAAGAUGCUUUCCAAUCUUCUGGCUGAAAAGAAAAUAAUUUCUUUCAGUGGCUGCAUUACCCAGACUUAUUUUUAUUUCUUUCUGGGGACAGUGGAGUUCAUCCUUUUAGCUGUGAUGUCUUUUGAUCGUUAUGUGGCCCUGUGCAACCCACUGAGAUAUACUGCAAUUAUGAAUGGACAAGUCUGCUUCUGUAUGGUUUUGGGGUGUUGGGUGGGAGCAUUUCUGUCAGUCCUUUGUCCCACAGUUGUUGUCUCCAGACUUCCCUACUGUCGUCAAACCAUCAACCACUUUUUCUGUGACAUCGCUCCCUUGCUGGAGGUGGCGUGUGUGGACACUCACUUCCUAGAACUCCUUGAUUUCUUCAUGUCUUCCCUAGUUGUACUCAGCUCCUUGGUGCUCACUGUGGUAUCUUACACCUACAUCAUCUCCACCAUCCUCAGAAUCCCUUCUGGACAAGGGAGGCAGAAGGCCUUUUCCACCUGUGCUUCUCACAUCACGGUGGUUUCCAUCGCCUAUGGGAGUUCCAUCUUCAUGUAUGUCCGUCCGAAUCAGAGCUACUCCCUCGCCUUUGAUAAAGUUGCUGCUAUCUUGACAACGGUGGUUACCCCACUUUUAAACCCUUUUAUAUACAGCCUUAGGAAUGAGAAAGUCAAAGAGGUUUUGAAGGAAACCAUAAAUAAGAUAUUUCUGUAUAAGCAUGCCAUGUAUUGA